UAAACGGCGUCGUUCGCUGUUCUAACAGGCUUUAUAUGAAGGCUCUUGUUUUGCAUCAGUAGAGAACAAUUACUUGCAAAUCGAGAAGCUUGUGUUUGAUUUCUGCUGAAUAUGAGGCACUCAGUGAAUCGACCGCCGACGCCUGAUGUGGCGGAUGAUCAAGAAAGAGAGCAGUCGCUUCCGGAGACUAUCAACAUUAAGAUGAUUGAGAGCGGGGAGAAAGAAAGAUUGAUGGAGCUGCUGAGGGAACGGCUAACUGAAUGCGGAUGGAAGGAUGAGAUGAAAACUCUUUGCAGGGCAUACAUCAAGAAGCAGGGAAGGGAUAAUGUUACCCUGGAUGACCUUAUUCAGGUGAUCACUCGUAAAGGCAGAGCUUCAGUUCCUGCUUCAGUAAAAGCUGAACUGCUACAAAGAAUUCAAUCUUUUCUUGUUUCUGCUGCUCUCUGAAGAUAGAACUGGAAUGGAGGACCAUCAGAAACUGAGAUCAAAAUCUAUAGCAAUAUGUCACAAUAUGUGCUUAAGCUUCUUCCAUGCUUUGUAUUUUUAUACUAUCACUGAUGCUAGAAGAAUUCACUUCUGCUAAAUAUAACCCUACAAGAAGGGGGUUACUUUUCAGUUGACAAGUGUGAAGUCCAUUAUCUUACUAUUCCGCUUGAGCACAUUUAGAUUUUAUAGAUUCCAUGUAGCUGAGAUAUUAUUAUUCGAUAUAUAAGGUUCUUGAGAUUUGUAACACUAUCGAGAUAUAUUAUGAUUUAGAGGAGCCCUGUGGUUGUCUUUA